AUGAAUCAAUUGCCUGAGUGUUUAUAUCAUAUACCAAUAGCAAUUGUACCCAAAUAUUUAGAAUUGAUUAUUAUGCGAGAAUGUGCAUCAAUAAAUGGCCGGGCCCCUCCAGAUUUACAUCUUUUCUAA